CACUCAUUCUAUCACAAUCAUUAAACACUCUUUACAUUCUUUUUUGAAAGUUUUCAACUUGACCAUUCUCUCUUUUUCAAAAUGCAAACUUCUUUCUUUAUGGCUGCUCUCCUGGCUGCGGUUGUGCCCGCAUUCGCCUAUGAAGUCGGAACCGGCUCUUGCUGCAUCGCUCAGCUGAAGGCUUGCCACGAGCAAGGUGCCGACGCUUGCAUCUGGACCAACGCGGCCAUCUGCGUCAACAACCCCAAGAACUCUGUCCCCAUUGACGAGACUUGCAACGAGCAGUGCCCAACUGCAUCUGUGAAGACUCCGGAUGGAUUCGUCUACAAGUUCCAAAAGCAUGCUGUUGGGCAGCGAUUAUCAGGUAGGGGGUCAAUGGGAUGUAUUGAUGAGUAUGAAGAACGAGUGGCUAUGGGAAUAUCCCGACUAUCUAUAUAACCAUAUUGUUUGACAAUCGUUGUAACGAGUGUACUGGGAUGGGCCUGACACAUGCC